AUGCCAAAGGUCCACCUCCUCGACUAUGUCGCGGGCAAUAUCCGGUCGCUGGUGAAUGCCGUUGAGAAGUGCGGGUACGAGGUCGAAUGGAUCAAGAGUCCAGAAGACGUCAAGAAUGCAGAUAAAAUCAUACUCCCCGGCGUCGGCCAUUUCGGCCACUGUCUCUCGUCACUCUCGUCGGCAGGCUACCUCCCGGCCAUCCAGGAACACAUUUCGUCGGGGAAACCGUUCUUCGGCAUCUGCGUGGGCCUCCAGGCUCUCUUCUCCGGAUCCGAAGAGGCCCCCUCGGUGCCAGGUCUCAAUCUGAUCCCGACGUCCCUGAAACGCUUCAGCGCCACCAAUGCGGACGGCACUCGAAAAUCCGUCCCUUGUAUAGGAUGGAACGACGCAUCCACGUCCACAUCUGCGUCCGCGGCCGGCGCGUCCACCGAGUCCAUGUAUGGCCUGAACCCGUCGUCCAAGUAUUACUACGUCCACAGCUACUUUGCACCCUACACGCCGGGCCACCUAGAGCGGGAAGGCUGGACGGUCGCGACGGCGCGCUACGGCGACGAAACGUACAUCGGAGCCAUCGCGCGCGGCAACACCUUCGCCACACAAUUCCACCCCGAGAAAUCCGGCGCGGCGGGUCUCCGCGUGAUCAGGGCCUUUCUCGAGGGCAAGAAAGGUGCGAGUGCGAGAGACGGACAGGUCAAGGCAUCCACGAACGGGCUGACGCGUCGCAUCAUCGCGUGCCUCGACGUGCGGACCAACGACGCCGGCGACCUCGUCGUCACCAAGGGCGACCAGUACGACGUGCGCGAAAAGUCCGAGGGCGGCAACGUCAGGAACCUCGGGAAGCCCGUCGAGAUGGCGCGCCGGUACUACGCGCAGGGGGCGGACGAGGUGACGUUUCUCAACAUCACGAGCUUCCGCGACUGCCCCAUCACCGACUUGCCCAUGCUCGAGAUCCUGCGGCGGACGAGCGAGACGGUCUUCGUGCCGCUCACCAUCGGCGGCGGCAUCAGGGACAUGGUCGACCCCGUGAGCGGACGCCCGGUGAGCGCGCUCGACGUGGCCAAGCUCUAUUUCGCGAGCGGCGCCGACAAGGUGUCGAUCGGGAGCGACGCGGUCGUGGCCGCCGAGGCGUUCUGGAGUCGCGGCGGGCAAGGCGACGGCAGGACGAGCAUCGAGACCAUCUCGGCCGCGUACGGCGCCCAGGCCGUCGUGGUCAGCGUCGACCCGAAGAGGGUGUACGUCGGUGGCGCCGACGGCGUGGAGUCCGCAAAGGCAAGGGGCCACACCGUCAUCGAGACCACCGACAGGGACGGCGAGGGCAGAGACCACGUGUGGUUCGCCUGCACCGUCAAGGGGGGCAGGGAGGUGAGGGAUUUCGACGUCGUCAGGCUCGUCACGGCGUGCGAGAAGCUGGGCGCCGGCGAGAUCCUGUUGAACGCCAUUGAUCGCGACGGCUCGAACAGGGGUUUCGAUCUCGAGCUGGUCGCCCUGGUCAAGAGCGUCGUCGAGAUUCCCGUCAUUGCGAGCUCGGGUGCUGGGAAGCCCGCGCAUUUUGAAGAGGUCUUUGAUGCCACCGACGUCGAUGCUGCUCUUGGAGCGGGAAUGUUUCAUCGAGGAGAGUAUACAGUUGCACAGGUCAAGGAGCACCUCGGCCAGGCAGGCUUGCUCGUCAGGCCCUUUGAGGAGUUCUGA